CUACAUUUUUCAGAUUCAACGUGUUUAUCAUGAUUUAUUUCAUGUGUGUUGGGAUAUUUUGAAACGGUCUGUUUAAACAUGCAUGCUCAUGAUAACUCUGUUUCUUUGAUAAAAGAGGAUUCUGCGUGUUUACCCCAGAAGUCUCGUUUCGACGGGUUUUUUGGAAGUGUUUCAGACAUCGAUCUUGUUCCAUCUGAAGGGAACAUAUACGUGUGUAUGGCGCUGUUGGCUUCAUGGAAGACAUGGAGGGGAAAAAACAACUUUAAAUUGCCUUUUACUGGAAAAAAAAAUCAGUUUCUUGUAGCUGCAGUGGAAUCAGAUUGCUUAUCCACCACGUCUUUAACGCGUUUUAAGCAGUUUUAGAGAAUCCACGUGUAAAUAUAAACAAAAUGCAUAUUUAAUCAGCGAUGGUGUUAUUCUCAUAUCCCCCUUUGUUCUACGGGAAUGACGUGGGCUCCUGUUCAGCUCCAUGUCAUGCUCAAUGGCAAAUGUUUUGAUGUCUCCCGUGUUUUCCGUAUUUGUAUAUCGCUCGAUUGUAUGGACAACCUAUUGUAUUGUUACUGUUGCACAGUAUAAAACAUCUAAAUAAAACAUUUUACACUUACUGAAGAACGAUUUUCUCUGUGUGAUGGAAGAUCACGAGUCAGUCUGGUGUUUUGCAUUAAAAGCAACCAAAUAAAGGAAUAAUUCAAAUGGGCAGAAGGUGCAAAGCGCCAGAUGUCUUUGUGAAUCAGCAGUGAUGUAGAUAACUCGGUUAAAAGGAGGCCAGCUAUGCAGCUAAGAGGUCUGGCCCGUGAUCCAAUCAUGUUUCUGAAUGCAUUCAAUGAAGAUUGAAGCCUUUUUUUGUUUUAUAUUGAUUUAUCGCAUGAGUAAUUGCAUUUACUGCACUGAAAUGCAGCUGUUUUAAUGGGAAAUUAAAAUGGACUUUGUUUCAUUUCUUUACGAGGCAACAAUUCAUUAUUUUAUGUUGCUGAACUGAAUUUCAGUGUGAUUUUCAUUGUCAAGUAACGCUCAUCGUCACAAUUUAAGCAUAUCUUGGACGCUUAAAGUAGGCUGACCAAUGGUAAAACAAAAAAAAGUUUUGAUUAACUAUUUUUCUUUCAAAAUUUUCUUUCAAAAUUAUUUUUUUCAAAGUUGAAUUGAUAAUAUAAAAGAAAUAACCUACGCACAGUUGUGAGUUAAUGUUUAAACCACUCAAAAAUAUGUGUUGGGCUAAUAAAAUCUAGCUUUCCAAUAAAACCUAAACAUUGGCCAAAAUAAAUAAAAGGCAGCAGAGUUUAAGAAAAGGCCUUUAUCAAACGGAUGGACAGAUGAAAGAAUGAUAUCAGAUUGGAAACACGUGUUUACAUUUUAGCCUAUUCUCUCACAGAACAUCUUCCUUACCUCAUAACGUCGACUUAUAGAGCAAUACAAACGAAAAUGUUGCUCAUUUGGAUUUAGUACACAGAUCUAUUCUUUAACUGAGUGAUGGUACAACUACUGUUGUAAUUAAAUAUGAAAAUGAUCCCUCCGGUAAAAACAUGACCUCAAACGGAAUCGAAAACGCACUGCAUUUAUAGGCUACAUCUGGUGUGAAAAAACGUGAGUAUGAUCUAAUUACAAAGACACCUUUUAGGUUUAUGUUAGUGGAUUUUAAAAUACGUUGAAUUGUUUGUUAAUUAGGCUGCAUAACAUGUGUUACCUUUGAAAUAAUAAUAUAGGCUUAGUAAUAAAUAAGUCCUGGGUCGGAUUAUCUAAAAUAGACUUUAUUUCAGCCAUUGAGUUGUAGGAUAACAUGACCAUGUCUGUUUGCCCGAUUGGACUUAUUUCUAUUCAUAGGCCUACUUUUGUUGAAAUUCCUUCACAUAUUGUUAUCAUCGCCUUUUCUUUUCUGUCAUCUGCAGGCUAGACAGCACAAUUAGACCCACGCAAACACCAACCGAGAGAAGGAGGGUUUGGAGUGAUCACAUUUCAAUGAGCCCACAUUUUAUAACGGCUUAAUAAUAAUAAUAAUAAUAAGCUUUAUUUUGGCCAUGUCACUUUUUAAAUACUGGAUUUACAAAGAGCAACAAGAAGAACUCGUACAGGCAGCUCAUCUGAGGACAAACUCCUCGAGCAGGCAAGGCCAGCAGAAGUUGAAAAGAAAGAAAUGAGCACAAUGCCAUGCUGUGCAGGCUAAAAAAAGGCGGAUUGCGAAAGUGGCAGGGUGAGUCAUCUUUACACGAGACGAUCUUCGACCGGAGCGACAUUCUGCUUCCUGUCUGUUGCCACGCCAACACUUACCAACAACACCACCCAACUCAAACCUGGAGACGGCCAGGAGAAACGCUGCAUUGAAUCCUGUGAUAAAGUCAUUAAAAUAAAUAAUAACUCUUUAGGAGGAGGCGUUUUUCCAUCAGGGUGACAAUGACUCAACGACAGAUCAUUCAAGUUUUUGAGCAGUAUCAGAAAUCAAGGAUGCAGUUUGUGCAAGCUGUCGCUGAUCUGGCAGCCAGACCACAAAACAUAGAAAUCCUUCAAAAUGCUGGUGUGAUGUCCAUGCUGCGUCCCCUCCUGCUGGAUGUGGUCCCCAGCAUCCAGCAGACGGCAGCUUUGGCUCUGGGCCGCCUGGCAGACCACAGCGAUGACCUGGCCACGGCCGUGGUGAAGGAAGACAUCCUGCCCCAGCUGGUCCACUCUCUGGUCUCGCAGAAUAGGUUCUGUAAGAAGGCAGCAGCGUUUGUGCUGCGUGCAGUUGCCAAACACUCCCCUGAGCUGUCCCAGGCUGUGGUGGACUGCGGGGGAGUUGAUGCCCUGGUUCUCAGCCUGGAGGAGUUUGACCCCGGGGUGAAGGAGGCUGCUGCCUGGGCUCUGGGCUACAUCGCACGACAUAAUGCAUUGUUGUCUCAGUCGGUCGUGGAUGCGGGUGCGGUCCCCCUGCUGGUGUUGUGUCUUCUGGAGCCUGUGAUGGCCCUCAAACGCAUCGCAGCUUCCACCCUCAGCGACAUCUCCAAGCACACACCUGAACUUGCCGAGACUGUGGUGGAGAAUGGAGCCAUUGCACAUCUGGCACUGAUGAUCCUCAACCCAGACGCCAAACUGAAGAGGCAGGUGUUAUCAGCCCUCAGUCAGAUCAGCAAACACUCGGUCAGCCUGGCAGAGAUGGUGAUAGAGGCUGAGAUCUUCCCUGCAGCGAUGGCCUGCCUCAAAGACCCAGAUGAGUAUGUCAAGAAGAACGUCACCACUCUGAUGAGGGAGGUGGUGAAGCACACACCGGAGCUGUCCCAGGUGAUUGUGAAUUGUGGUGCCAUGGGAGCUGUGAUAGACAAUCUGGGCGAUUGCUGUGGAAACCUGCGGUUGCCUGGGAUCAUGAUGCUGGGAUAUGUGGCAGCUCACAGCGAGAGCCUCGCCAUGGCUGUCAUUCUCUCCAAGGGGGUGUCCCAGCUGGCCUUGUGUCUGUCCGAGGAGCAUGAGCCUCACAUCAAGGCGGCCACAGCCUGGUCCAUCGGCCAGAUAGGUCAUCACACCCCUGAGCACGCUAAGGCGGUGGCCACAGCUAACCUCUUGACCAAACUGCUGGAACUCUACAUGGACGCCAACAGCUCAGAGGACCUGCAGGCCAAAAGUAAGAAGGCUCUAAAGAGCAUUCUGCAGAAGUGCACCUACCUGCCAGGUCUGGAGCCCCUGCUCUACGAUGUUCCAAGCAACAUCCUCAAACAUGUUGUCUGCCAGUUCAGCAAGGUGCUGCCUAAUGACAGUAAGGCUCGCCGUCUGUUUGUGACCAGCGGGGGGCUGAAGAAAUUGCAGGAGAUCGACGCAGAGCCUGGCUCCCCUCUACAGGAGCACAUCAACGCUAUCAACAGCUGUUUUCCUGAAGAGAUAGUCAGGUACUACUCCCCCGGCUACUCAGAGGUCUUGCUUGAGCGGUUAGAGAAAUACCAGCCAGCUUAACAUCAGUUCAAACAACACAUCUUUAUGAAAUGUUAACAUGAAGAUGUACCAUACAGUAAAUCAAUGCUAAUUAACAUGGGAGUUUUCCAUUUUUUGUACGGUGUCUGAGUUAAGUUUGUUUUUUACACCUUUAAAUGCAUGUUGGCAGUAACUGCAGCUCGUAUUAGGACAGCUAUAGAUCGUAUAUGCUAACAUUGUCACGAUACGUUAUGUAAGAGACCCUAAAAAUGGAAAUAAAUAAAUAAAGGACAUUUAAUGGAGCUUCAUGGAAACGAUUCUCUUAUGCCCCAAUAAAGAGGUCAAAGGUCAGGUUCAGCAGAGCAGCCACAAUGAAGAUGGUAGGGGAUUAUUGUGUUGCACAGACACUUCAGCAGGCUGGAUGCUUGCUGACUCAUGGAUAAGAACCCUUGUUUAAGAGAAGCUUCCCGAAAGCACAGCUCAUAUGCAUCUUCACUUUUCAUUGCACGCAACUAACAUGAUUCUCUAUCUGUCUCUGCUGUUGCAUGGGUCAGACUGCCCCCUGGCGGCCACGACUCCUCACUGCAGCUCAACUGUGCGUUUAUGCACGCUUGUGUGUGUGUGUGUGUGUGUGUGCGCGUGUGGGUGCAUAUGCAGCAGCUGCAGCGCACAUGGCAAGCCUCUUUGUUUAUUGUCUGCUGGGUUGUCUCUGCUUGUUCUUCACAUUGUACUGACGGUGCAAAUGAGCCUCCGCCUCUUACCGCAGCGGAGAUCAGAACAUUC